GUUUUGGAGAUUGAAAACUAUUAUUGAAUAACAUGUCUGUAAAUCCCAAGCAAUUUGAUGGAAGAGUAGUGUUGGUCACCGGGUCGAGUUCAGGUAUAGGUGCGGCCACUGCUAUUAAGUUUGCAACUCUGGGCGCUAAAGUUGUGGUCACCGGAAGAAAUGCACACAAAGUUGAUAGUGUGGCACAAAAGUGCAGACAAUUGUCUAAAUCAGAUAAUAAUAUUCUGGAAGUGUUGGCUGAUCUUACCGUUAAACAAGAUAUUCAGAGAUUAGUUGACAAAACUGUGUCAACGUUUGGAAGACUGGAUGUAUUGGUGAAUAACGCGGGAAUCGUUGGCUUAACUGAUAUCGAAGAGAGUGGUGUCGAUGUGAAAGUGAAGGACAUAUUGGAGACAAACGUUCACUCAGUGGUACUGUUGUGUCAUUUGGCU